GUCCCCCCGCACCCCGGCGCGGCGCCCAUGACCGCCCCGUCGGGGCACUGACCGCGCCCGGCCCCGCACGGCCCGCUCCGUUCUUGGCGCAUCUCCCAAAGGGAUGGAGAACUCGUCGGUGGCAUCGGCCUCCUCGGAGGCGGGGAGCAGCCGCUCCCAGGAGAUCGAGGAGCUGGAGCGCUUCAUCGACAGCUACGUCCUGGAGUACCAGGUCCAGGGGCUGCUGACGGACAAGACGGAGGGGGAUGGCGAGAGCGAGAAGACUCAGUCCCACAUCUCACAGUGGACGGCGGAUUGCAGCGAGCAGCUCGAUGGCAGCUGUUCCCCAUCCCGAGGGAAGGGCUCGUCGUCUCACGAACACAACCAGGAAGAGUGGGAUCACAGCAGCAGUGGGAGCACAGGAUCCCAGCCGGGGUUGGGCUCCAGGCAGGGGUCUGGAUCCAGGUCUGGCAGCCACAGGAGAAGCAGCCAGUUCAGGCAAUCGACCAAGAAUGGCAACAAGGAGAGCAACCUCGACAUGCUGGGCACAGACAUCUGGGCUGCCAACACCUUCGAGUCCUUCAGUGGUGCAACGUGGGACCUGCAACCUGAAAAACUAGAUUUCACCCAAUUUCACAGGAAGCUGAGAAACACCUCCAAACACCCGUUGCCUCACAUAGACAGAGAAGGGCUUGGAAAAGGGAAGUACGAGGAUGGCGACAGCAUCAACUUGAACGACAUAGAGAAAGUCCUCCCAGUGUGGCAGGGAUACCAUCCAUUGCCUCAUGAAGCUGAAAUCGCACACACCAAAAAGCUGUUCAGAAGGAGGAGAAACGACCGGAGGCGACAGCAGAGACUUCCCAGUGGGAACAAGUCUCAGCAGCACACGGAUCAUCAGCAAGGUGGCACCAAACAUAACAGGGACCACCAGAAGGUCUACCAAGGAGGCCAGGCCCCCCACUCCUCAGGCAGGACGGGCCACCACGGCUACAGCCAGAACCGGAGAUGGCACCACAACCAGAAGCACUCGCCCAACGACAAAGAAACGCACAGAAACGCCAAAGAGACUGAGAAUCUGAAAAUCGAGGACACCUCGGCCUGCACGGUUCACAGCCCCGUGGAGGCGCCUCGAGGCCCCGAGGCUGUGGAGAAGCAGCCCCAGCCGUAUCCCCCAGAGUCGGAGACCAAACGGAAGGACAGCGCUCACGAGCGCGUCGGGGAGAGGCCUAAGAUCAACCUGCUUCAGUCUUCCAAAGACAGGCUGCGGAGGAGACUAAAAGAAAAGACGCCUUGUCUUUCCCUUUUCACGGACCAGGACGAAGUUACGGUGGAAACCACCGACCCUGAAAAGAAUAAAAUGGACAAACUAAUUGAAAUUCUCAACAGCAUGAGGAACAACAGCAGUGAUGUUGACUCCAAGCUCACCACAUUCAUGGAGGAGGCCCAGAACUCCACCAACUCUGAGGAGAUGCUGGGUGAGAUAGUCAAGACCAUCUACCAGAAAGCGGUGACGGACCGCAGCUUUGCUUCCACAGCAGCCAAGCUCUGUGACAAAAUGGCCCUUUUCAUGGUGGAAGGAACCAAGUUCCGGAGUCUGCUCCUCAAUAUGUUGCAGAAGGAUUUCACCAUGCGGGAGGAGCUGCAGCAGCGGGACGUGGAGCGCUGGCUGGGCUUCAUCACCUUCCUCUGUGAAGUCUUUGGGACCAUGAGGAGCAGCACUGGAGAGCCCUUUCGAGUCCUGGUCUGCCCCAUCUACACCUGCCUCAGGGAGUUGUUGCAAUCUCAGGAUGUGAAAGAAGACGCCGUGCUCUGCUGCUCCAUGGAGCUGCAGAGCACUGGCCGGCUGCUGGAGGAGCAGCUGCCCGAGAUGAUGACGGAGCUCCUGGCGAUCGCACGCGACAAGAUGCUGUGCCCCUCCGAGUCCAUGCUGACGAGGUCCCUGCUGCUGGAGGUCAUCGAGCUGCACGCCAACAACUGGAACCCCCUGACGCCCACCAUCACGCAGUACUACAACAAGACCAUCCAAAAACUGACAGCUUGAGGGGGCAAGGGCGAGGUGGGGUGGGAAGGGACGAGGAGAAGACACGCGCCUCGAUGGGAUCCGGCAAGAGCUUUUCCGAUUUAAAUCCCCCCAGCAGACCAAACCCAAGCAUGCUCGAGAAUACGUUUGUGGGGCGGGGAGGGAGAAGCAUGUUUCUUUUGCAGCCGCGCCGCCAAGUGCCACCCCCUCCUCCCUGCCGUGGUUUUGUUUUUAGGGGGUUUCUUUUCUGAACUCAUUGCUCAAGCGGCAGCAGCGCAUCCCGCCGGGUUAUUGUUUGGCUUUCGAAAAGAGGACACGGAAUUUGGAAAAGAAAAAAAAAAAAAAAAAACAAAAAAAACACAACACAUAAUCCAAGUGGGGGCUAGCAUUGUUUUCACGCCGUCCUCCUGCCUUGCCCUGGCCAACUGGCAGGAGACAGCAAGCAGCAGAUGUCUCGGGAGGACAAAGCCAGACACACACUACACCAGACGCUCAUAAUUGAUGGCUUUUGUCUAGCGGGGCUUGCGUUAGGUUCCCCCCCCCCUCCUUCUCUUGUUUUCAACUUUCUGUGUGUCCCCCCCACCUACCCGCCACCCCUUCGGGAGCAGAUCGGAGAGCGGGACGACUUUCUCAUUUGCACUGGCUUUUCUUUCUCUCCGAGCAUUUGUAAUUUCUUCUUAUUUUAUUGUGACGUCCGACGGACAAUUGCGAGCAGCUCGGAGGCGCGUGGAGCAAUGCCUUCCCACGAGCUGGCUAAUGGUUUAUGUGAAGAUGCUGAAGCAGAAGGAGUGUUUUAAACGAGUCCAAAAGCCACUGCAGAAGUUACAUAGCCACUGUCAUCUUGCCAGUAACCUCUUUGGUGGAUUGAGAAAUGUGUUCUCUGAGCUGGGGGCUCUAAAAAAAGGGGAUUCUGCGGCUCUUGCUGUUCAAGUUGCCGUUAUUCCUCAGCCACUAUAACCCUUUUUCUUUUGUAAUACUUUUUUUUGUUUCCAUUGAAGGAGUGCUUUAUUGUAAUUACUGUCAUGGUUGUAAUUAUGCAUUUAAAUCCAGGCCUGUUAUAGUUGGGCCUAAUAAUGUACAGGACGAGGGAGAAAUGAAGGUUUGAUGUUCUUCUUUGGAGACUGGUAAAAGAGAAGACAAACAAUGUAUGGCAAAACAAAAGAGUGAAAAAAAAGAAGAGGAAAGAAAAUAGAUUAAGCCAAAAAUAGAAGUUUUGAGCCUGGCUUCUAACUAGCUGAAUAUGCUAUCCAGUGUUCCUAGGUGUGCAGUGUGCAGGAGAAGCUGUGUCCCGUGGUCAGUGUAAGUGGCACCAUGUCAUUGAGGGAUGGGUGACAUUUUCAAAGAGGCAGAGUUUGCUCGGGGAUCCCCAGGUUGCUCCAGGAUCCCCUCAUUGCUCCGUGCUGGAGCAUCCCAAGGGAGAGGGUGGCUGCAGGGGAUGAUGUUGAGAUGCUACCUGGGUGAGGAAAUGCCCAGGGGGUGAGGAGGCUGGUCCGGAGGAACACCACGCCGCUGCAUCACUCCCCGAAUUGUGAAGAAGAUUUGGUUGUCUCCUUAUUUUCUCAUCUGUCAACACUUUGACUUACUAAAUCCCUCCAGGUGCUUAUUUUAGUGAAGCCUAAUGAGGGUGCAAGCUGCCCCAUCCCAUCUGCACAGCAGAUGAGGAGCCAAGGAAGGCACGAUGCCGGCAGCCCAUCCUGUUUUUUCCCAUUAUUCAAUUUACUUUACUGUGAUAAGAGAACUUCUGCUGCGAUGACGGCGCGCUUGGACCCCGGACCAGGCAGGCUGGGUCUGAACGCAGCAGCUCAAACCCAUUUUUCCGAGGAAGACGUUGAAUUUCUGGUGGCUUGUGGAGAAGACAGAUUUCACCCCGACCUCUUUGGAUGUGCAGUAUGUUCUUGGGUGCCUUAUGAAUGUGUUGGUCUGUCCGUGAUGGGGAGGAAGCUUUUGCUGCAAAAUUCAAAGGGCAGAAGUUUUCAGCAGAAAAUGCAUUUCAGGAGGCGGGAGUCGUGAUGCUGGAGUUCAGUGUUAUUUGGAUCCUCAUCUGGUUGUCUGCUGAUCCAGUUUUUAUUCCGCACAUGGAGCAAGAGAAGCAAGCUGAAAACGGGAGCUUCAGUUUUCCUCUCUACUCAGAAAGCAGCGGCAUGAUUUCUGAGUGCACUGGAAGUGUCUGGAAAAACGAAGUUUUACUUCAUGGAUUUGAGCCCAGGAACUUUGCGUGGUGACGGACGCCUUGCGUUGGGUCAGCUUCAUUAGUAGCAAUGGGGUUUGAGAGUAUUAAUGAGCAGAUGAACUUCAUUAAGGCAGCAAAGCCCAUCAGUAUUACAAGGCUCAGGGUUGUGCCCAUUGCUCUUUGUUUUUUUCUGCUCCCUGAGUUCUCAGGGAGUGGAGUAGAAGGGGAUAUAACACCCAUCGCAGUGUGCUCAGGCACAGCAUCAGUCUUCUGGGAGAAGACCUAAAAACCAGUUUUGUCUUCAUUUUUUUUUUUAUUUUUUACCGAGGAGAAAAGUCCCUUAACAGGGACGCAGCCUGAUGGGUCGGGGUGCCAGGGAUCCUGCCAGCAGAGAUCCAGACCACCACUCCGACCCUUGCAGCUUCUCACAUCCCCCAGAAUUUUUUCUCGGGAUGUAGUGAAAGAAGAAAAAAAAAAAAAAAAAAAAAAAAAAAAAAAAAAAAAAAAAAAAAAAAAAAAAAAAAAAAAAAAAAAAAAAAAGAAAAAAAAUCCAGAGACUUGGGGAUUUUGUUUCUAAAAACUUGAAUUUUCAUCAGUGCAUCGGGAGGCAUUCAGAGUCAAAGUGUAAGCCACGAGGCAGUAUUUCUGCUAAAGCAUUUCCCUACCCCUGCCUGCUGUGAGGGUUUAUUCAAUUUUCCCACUGCAGGGCAAUCCUGCAAACCCCACUGACCAGGCUUGGCCCAUGACUUUCCCUUCCAACACUGGGAUUUUUCCCAACGAAGAACUUCUUUGUGGAGUCUGUUUGGUUUUAGUGUCUUGCCAUUUAUCUCUGCUAUUAACAUGGGUUUGUCCAGCCAUUAACUGCUUUGGUACAUCAGUCACUCUGUGGAUAUCCGAGAGUAAAAAUGUUGACCAAAAAAUGGUUUUUUUUUUCCCCAAAAUUACAUGCUGCCAAUGGUUUCUUUCCGAAGGCCAUCUGUAGGAAGCUGGCAGGCACGUGGCAUCAUUCACCAGGGUACCGCGUUGGGAGAAGAGGCACCACGAGGACAUUUGAUGAGGAGCAACGCUGGGGAAUUUUUUGGGAUGUCUGGUGAGCACCUGGGGAUCCUAGAGUGUUUUCUUCUCUUUUUUUUUUUUUUUUUUUGUCUUUCUGUAGAAACGGUCGCCAAAGAGCGUAAUUCUCUCUUAUGUGUGUUUUUAGGUGCAAAGCCACCAGCCACACAUCUUCCCCAGAUUAGCCAGAUUCCACCUUUGCUGCUCAGUAAAAAGUGUCUGUGUGGGGGUUUGCUGCGUUGUCCCCAUCUGGCCACAUCAGCAAAGGGGGGAAAUAACCUCCUCGGGCCAAAUAUGUGCGGGGCCAAACCUCGGGUUGGUGCAAAAGCGAGGGGCUGAAGCCUCUGCGGGGAGUGAUGGUCCACACCACGGCCAUGCCCCUUUCCCUCGGAUGCCGAGCAGGUUUUCUGACUCCCUGCCAGAUUCCCCAGCAUCUAGUUCACCUCAUUCCUGGUGAAAUUCUUUCCAAACUGACGGUUUUUGCUACUACCCACAAAGUGACUUGCUUGGUAUCCCCAUGAGGGCUUUCGCCCUUGUUUGGAGAAGUCUCGUGUAUAGGGAGGUGAAACAGAAGUGGGGGAAAAGAAAGGAAAAGUAAGUGAUUUGCUUGGUUCCCCUCUUCCCUCGAAGGAGAUUAAUGAGUAUCUAUUCUUAGCAUGAUUGAUGGCUUUGAAAGAAAACUUGUCAGAAUAACUUAUGAUUUAUUUUCAUGCUUAUUUUUAUAACAUCCCUCACUUGGAAAUCUCUCAAAAUCUUAAAUAUGAUUUUUGUUGUUAUUUUUUAAUUUCCCCGCUGGGUAUUUUAUGGCUUUACACUAAUUUUACACUUCUUGGCGUUAGCUAUUAGACAGUCAUGGUGAUAUUUUCAGUAUUCUUUCAGGAGAAACUAUACUAAGGGUUGCAAAGUCCACUGUCAAUAGCCAAGGGAGCUGCGGUGUCCUGCAGAACACGGAGUUAACGCUAGCAAUUUUUUUUUUUUAAUGUAUUUAUUUGCAUUUGAAAAAGCAACAUUUUUAAUUUAAUCAUAUUUGUUAAACUAAGCGCUUUAAGAAAAAAAAAUUUUAAAAAAUAUUAAAAAAAAAAAGCAAAAAGGUUUUGGGGAGAAUAAAGACUAGAUAUUCAUACUAGAGAAAUCACAAACUCAUCGUUUUCAGCAUUUCAGAGACUGUUAAAACAAGGGAGCUAAUAACUCUUUGUGGCAAUUCAGUCUUUGUUUAUAGAACAUCCAGAGCCACUGUAUGCUAUAAAAUGCAUCAUCUGAGUAAUAAAUGUUUAAAGCUUGA